AGGAGCUGCUGUGCUGGCAGCAGUAGGCGAGGGUGCGGCUGCGGGGUUCCCGGUGCUGAGGACCGACGCCAUUGGAGCCCCAGGGAAGGCUGAGCUCUCUUCUUCUUGGGACACCGACCGGCAUGGCUGAGGGGAGCUUCCGCUUGGAAUCCGAAAGCUACACCGCUGAAGACAUGGACGAGGGUAGCGAUGAAGUUGGGGAGGAAGAGAUGGUUGGAGGAAAUGAGUAUGAAGAAUUUGGUGCUUUUGGAGGCUAUGGCACCUUCACCAGCUUUGACAUUCGUCUCCUCAGAGCCUUUGGGAGCUUGGGUCCAGGCCUUCACAUCUUGGCGAAUGAGCCCUGGGAACUGGAAAACCCGAUGCUGGCCCAGACUCUGGUGGAGGCACUUCAGCUGGAUCCUGAAACACUUGCCAGUGAGGCGGAGGCUCGGGCUGCCAAUGCAGCCCGAGCUGCCGCCUCCAACCGCGCUGCUCGGGCCGCUGCCGCUGCUGCUCGGGCCAUCUACAAUCAGGUGGUCACCAGCCACCCGCUGGCCACCAGCCACCCGCUGGCCACAAACCAGGCCUCCAGAGACAAUACCCCACCCAUGACAUAUGCGGUCGAGGCUCAGGAAGGCACCCCGGAGACGACCCUCGCUUCUCCGCACAGCUCCCAGAUGCCAGUCAACAGUGACAUGGCUGCCUCUGGGGCUCCAGCAACCUCCUCGCAGCCCCGGCCAGCCUCCCGGGCCCAGGAGGCUGCUACUGAGGGUCCCAGUACUGCCUGUGCUUCCUCUCAGGCUCCAUGUGCCAGUGAGGUGGAUGCCACCCAGCUCAAGACAGUCUUUCUGGGUCAGAAUGAUGUCUUUGAUUUCACCCAGCCGGCUGGUGUCAGUGGCAUCGCCUUCCCACGCCCCAGGAGGCCCACCCCGGCCCAAGAUGUGGCCAGAGAGGGCCCCAGUGCUGCCUCCCGGGUGCCUCAGACUGCAUCUUCCGGGGAGGGGGCGGCCACUCGGCCCAAAACGACCAAGUCUGGGAAGGCUCUCGCUAAGACUCGGUGGGUGGAGCCUCAGAAUGUUGUGGCAGCAGCUGCUGCCAAGGCCAAGAUGGCCACGAGCGCCCCUGAGCCCGAGAGUGCAGCUGCUGCUGCUCAGAACAGUGCUGAGCCCUGGGCCAGGAUGGGAGGCAAGAGGACAAAGAAGUCUAAGCACCUGGAUGAUGAGUAUGAAAGCAGCGAGGAGGAGAGAGAGCCUCCUGCUGUCCCACCGACCUGGAGAACAUCGCAGCCCCCAUUGACAGUGAGGGCUCAGAUGGCCCCUCGACCCCCGAUGGCCCUGAGGUCCCAGGUACCCUCGAGGCACGUACUGUGCUUGCCACCUCGCAACGUGGCCCUUCUGCAAGAGAGGGCAAAUAAGUUGGUGAAAUACCUGAUGAUUAAGGACUACAAGAAGAUCCCCAUCAAGCGCUCAGACAUGCUGAAGGACGUCAUCCGAGAAUACGACGAACACUUCCCAGAGAUCAUUGAACGAGCAACGUACACCUUGGAAAAGAAGUUUGGGAUCCACCUGAAGGAGAUCGACAAGGAAGAACAUCUGUACAUUCUUGUGUGCACGCAGGAUUCUUCAGCACGCCUCCUGGGAAAGACCAAGGACACUCCCAGGCUGAGUCUUCUCUUGGUGAUUCUGGGAGUCAUCUUCAUGAAUGGCAACCGUGCCAGCGAGGCUGUCCUCUGGGAGGCACUACGCAAGAUGGGACUGCGCCCUGGGGUGAGGCACCCAUUCCUUGGAGAUCUGAGGAAGCUCAUUACAGACGACUUUGUGAAGCAGAAGUACCUGGAAUACAAGAAGAUCCCCAACAGCAGCCCACCUGAGUAUGAAUUCCUCUGGGGACUGCGGGCCCGACAUGAGACCAGCAAGAUGAGGGUGCUGAGAUUCAUCGCCCAGUAUCAGAACCGAGACCCCCGGGAAUGGAGGGCCCAUUUCCUGGAGGCUGUGGAUGACGCGUUCAAGACGAUGGAUGUGGAUAUGGCUGAGGAGCAUGCCAGGGCCCAGAUGAGGGCCCAGAUGAACAUCGGGGAUGAAGCUCUGAUUGGACGGUGGAGUUGGGACGACAUACAGGUGGAGCUCCUGACCUGGGAUGAGGAUGGAGAUUUUGGCGACGCCUGGGCCAGGAUCCCCUUUGCUUUCUGGGCCAGAUACCAUCAGUACAUUCUGAAUAGCAACCGUGCCAAUGGGAGAGCCACUUGGAGAGCUGGCAUCAGCAGCGGCACCAAUGGUGGGGCCAACACCAGCAUCCUAGAUGGCCCCAGCACCAGCUCCACCAUCCGGACUAGAAAUGCCGCCAGAACGAGUGCCAGCUUCUUCUCCUGGAUCCAACAACGCUGAGGAAACGCAGCGAUCACUCGUCCGGCCAGAGUGCCCCCUCAGACUCCGUGUUCACAUGGCAGUCUAGGCCGCCUGUGCCUGCCCAUCGGAGACGGCGUGCAAGACGAAGCUCUCUGCGCCCUGCUGCUUUCACCGUGUGCUGUUGUCGUGCUGUUGUGUUUUUGGUAUCGGUGUCACAUUAAAGUUGCAAAAUGAA